AUGUAUAUUCCUUCGGCGAGGACUGCCAUCGUCCAAGACGACAAGGGGGGUCUCAAAAUUGAUCGCAACGCGCCAAUGCCACAGCCCAGACCAAAUGAGUUGCUGGUGCAAGUGAAAGCCGUGGCCAUCAACCCUUGCGACCACAAAAUGUACGAGCGCUUCCCAACACCCGGCGCGGUAGACGGAUGUGAUUUCGCCGGAAUCGUCGUUCAACUUGGCUCCGACGUGAAAACAUUCCAAAUCGGCGACAGAGUGUGCGGAGCUGUCCACGGAUCCAACCCCAGUCGGCCCGAGUCUGGGACGUUUGCCGAGUAUACCGUAUCCGACGGGGAGUUUACGCUCAAGCUGCCGCCCAACCUUUCAUUUCGGGAGGCCAUGGGUCUAGGUACGACAGGGCUUAGCACCAUUGGAAUGGCAAUAUACAAGGGUUUGAUGUUGCCAGGCUCCCCACUGGAGCCGGCCGAAAAGCCUCGCACGGUACUGGUUCAUGGCGCCAGUUCGUCGGUGGGAACAAUGGCCUUGCAACUUAUUCGUUUGAUGGGCCAUAUUCCCAUUGCCACAUGUUCGCCUAGGAACUUUGAACUGGUCAAAAAAUACGGCGCAGAGGAGGUUUUUGACUACAACGACCCGGAAUGCGGCCAGCAAAUCAAACAGUACACUGGCAAUACGCUCGCCUACAUCAUCGACCCUUUCACUGACGUCAAAAGCGUAGCUCUGUGCUACGAAGCCAUGGGCAGAGCCGGCGGCCGCUACGCCUGUCUCGAAAUGUAUCCAGAAUUUGCUCUCGAACGCCGAUCCAUCAAGGUGUUCUUCGCGCUGGGUAUGGCGCUCCUGGGCCAUAGUCUGGAUUUGGCCUAUGGAUACGAGAGAGAUGAAGAUCCCGAAAUGAGGUCAUUCGGCAUUGGCUGGUACAAAGUCCUGCAAGAGCUGCUGUAUCAAGGAAAAUUGAGGCCUCAUCCGCUGAGGGAGCUGGAGGGCGGAUUCGAGGGGAUACUCAAAGGUGUCCAGAUGGUCAAGAAUAAGGAGGUUUCCGGGCAGAAGCUGGUUGUAUCACUUGAAUAG